AUGGCUCCCCUUUACAAAACGACUGCAGCCGUUUGCCUCGUCGCACUCUGCGGGCUUCACACAGAGGCGAGCACUCCAACAUACAAAUUUACGGUAGAAGAUGUGCAAGCAGAUGCCUACUUGAGUGCCAAUUUGGCCCGUAAUGGAAAACUCCUGGUUCGCAUCAGUGUAGUCGCAGAGGAUGACACCCUUGUCAAUUCCUUGAGGUCAACUCUAGAAGGCACAACUGGAGACAAUGCAGGCGCUUGUAAGGGAUUGAUAACACCCGACCUUAAAGAGACAUUUCAUCACAAUUUCGUCUACCAGGCUGAUGCUGAUACCACCCCUAACUACCGUCACUUGCUGCAGGAGGCCGUUGAGGCGGGAUUGGCAGCCUUCGAAAAUAAAACAUACCCUCAGACAAAAACCGAGUGGCAAAAAAUCUGGUCUAAGGAUGCGGGUGCCAAUUUGGCAUAUCUUCUCGGAUCUGAUAGCACUAGAAUCGGCUGCCUUAUUGGCAGUGAGGAGUAUUUCAACGGACUUCUUGCACGAACAACUGAAUUGAAAGAUAUGACAGCAGACGACUUGCAGACUCCCGUUGGAGAUGGCGCUGAAGCAGCUGCCGUCCCUACCAUUCUAAUUGCCGGUUUGGUUGCUAUGCUGACGCUCGUCUCUGCCUAG